CUGGAGAAUCCGAGAAACUCUCUGGUUAAUAAAAAAAUAAGUUUACUGUUAUGCUGCACCUUUUGCAAAUUGGUGCUUGUUUAUGUAUAAAGAAAUCAGUUGUACGACUGCAGUAGGACUUUGUUGCCACUAAAAGGUCCUUUUUGAGCAUGUUAUAGUAGGGUAUGUCCGUUACGUUUUGACAUUAUGGAUGAUAAACUUGCCUGACAAGUAGCAUAAUGUAAAUGAAGUAGGCUAAAUCAACUAAAUGUUACCGACAAGUGACACAGUGGCACUGACUACUGACUAUUUUUACUUAAAUGAGACAUGCUUUUUGUACUUAGUUAACUUAUACUUAACCCUCUUAGGACAGAGCCUUUUCGGGGUGAAUGUGCCAAAAAGACGGACCACUUUUUACGAGCUCGGCACUCGCAUUGCAAACAAAUUUAUAAUAAAUAAACAUUUUCCUUAAUAUAUGUAAAUAUGUUCUUGUAGUCUUGUAGGAAACUGAAUGAACUAAUUAUACUAAACUAAUACAAUCUUUAUGAAUCAACCUGAAAUAUUACAAUUUAUGCAAAUGAGGUAAUCUGAUUUGCAUAAUUUAUGCAUGUAAUUGUAAUAUUUUGUUAAGACCUAGAAUAAACAUGACUUACUUGUAUCAAUUGUGUGAAUUUUUUUAUGGAUGAAGCCUAAAUAAGUCCUAACACUUAUGUCUAUGUUUUUGGGAAGCAAGGCCCAUGGAGGCCCUUCAGAUACAUAUGGCACACAAUACUACUCCUUUUCCAUCCCCCCACCCUAUUUUUCAGUUGUUACAGACACACUGUAACAGGCCCCAUUUAUGACCUAGGGACCCUCUCUUAAGCUGGUUUUUACUGAGAAAUUUGUCUGCAUAUCUAUUGGUCUCUCUCAUAAACAUUUGAGUGAUAUUUAAUAUAAAAAAUAGCAUAAAGUAUUCAAAUGGUCAAAUGGGGUGCUUAUGCCUUAUUUAUAGGACCUAUGUUGUCUAAAAAUGCCCAGUUGAUGACCCCUAAAACUAGUAAUACGAAACCAAGAGUUCACAACAUUUCAUUAGCAUUACCCUCAAUUUGAAAGUCUUCAUUAAUUUACUGGUUGUUUUCAUCAGUUUCAGUGUCAGAUUCACUGCUAGAAUAUCAAAAUUACUAAGCACACUUUGAUCAGAGUCACUGUCAGACAUGUUCGAAUUUCACGAUAUAACUAUACACACACAAAAAAAAAUUCCUGCACACAAAUAAAUCUAGUUCACCAUCAACGAACGGCGCCACUACAAUGCCGGGAUGUGCAGGAAUACGUACGAAUAUAUUUGAUUCCCUGGUACAACCCCAAGCCAGCCAAUCGUGAGGCUCGAUUUAUAGGGCCGAUGGUUCGGACUUACGUCUUUCUCGCUAGUCAACUUUGGUCAACCUUACGGAAACUGUUUAUUGAAAUAUGCUCAUUAUUAUUCAUAAUAACUAUUUUGAUUCCUAGGAAUAUUUUUAAAUUUACCUUCACUUUUGUAACUUAAGGCUGAAAUUAAGAUAGUUUAGAUAAAAUGCCACGACGUCUUUUGGGUGUUUACGUGCGGGAGUCACUUCCCUUUGUUUAUUUUUAGAGAAUUAUUUUUUUAUCUGAGGCAUAUCAUAAACGAAAACAAUAAUUUUGCAGUGAAUACUUAUUUUUUAAUAUAAGAUUUACGGCAGGGACACUGUCGUUUACUCAGCAUCGGCAGAGUGGUGGAUGGGGAACAGUGCAGCAAUCACACAAGCCCACAUCACUACUGGCACAGGCUAUACAGCUAGCCAAAAUAUUACUUGAAGUUAUAUUAUAAAUCAGGAAGUUUUAGUGAUUUGAAAAUUUGUUUGGUUUUAGAAACAGGACAUUUAGGCGUCCGAGAUACUUUUUCGGAACACUGGCUGCGAUUGUGAAAAAAACGGGACAAUCCUGUUUUUACUGGAUGUUUGGUCACCCUAACUUAAGGUGACAGGACCAACAGUUGGACCUGAAGGAAGAGAAUAAUAUAAUUUCUUUCCCGUUUUCACUGAGUGUUAUUAACAGUCAAAAACUUAAUCUGAUGAUCGAUACACGGUUUAUAUGAAAUAAGUUAAAAUAUGAUUUUUCAAUAUUUGGUUUUUUACUUAAACUUAACUUACAAGUUUCAAAAGAAAUAAAAAGAGAAAAUCAUCAUUGCUGAUACCCAAAGAUGAUCAUGGGAAAAAAGAUAGUAAAAGUGCUGUUAUUUUGAUUGGUUGAAAACAGAAUACCAGUAUGCCACUCAUUUAUAUAAUUAUAAUGUCACAAUUUAAUGAGACAUGUCAACAUAAUUUUAUAAUUAUAACCUCACAAUUUAUAUACAAAAAUAAGAGACAAAAAAAUUUUUAAAAUGAAGGUAAAAAAAACCAAAUAUGGUAAAUAAAUUAAAUACAGAAGUAAAUUUUUAAAUAUUUUGAGAAACAGAACUAUGGCCGGUAGUUGACAUGGGAAACCUCCAUGAGCUAUAAACCAUGGGAGAUAUCACCGGCCCUGCUGCUAACUGCCUUUCAGCAUAAAAGUUAGGUAGUAGGGUAUAGCUGCAUAAGCUUACUCCCUGAAAAGUGAAAUACCCUCUACUCUAACCCAUCGGUUCUUUACCUUUUUUUCAGUGUGAUAGCCCCUCUCGAUUUCACAACAAUUCCCUCACCUUCCCCCUCAGAAUAAAUAAUAAAUAGUAUUGUAUUUAAAAUUCACCGGUAGUUUUCCUUCUUUAAUGAAUAGUUUAAAAAACUUGCUAUAAAUAUUUAAAAGAAACAAUGCACCAUUACAAAUAUUGCACAAACAAAUUCACCACAAAAAAAAAUUUCUGUUGCUAAAAAACAGUUAAAAUAAACUUAAGUUUUCAUGGUCCCUCGCACCCCAUGGCACUACCUCCCACACCCAGGGAUGUCAUUUGGGUAGGGCAGAGUGUAUUUUUCCCCCUGAUUGUGCAGGUUUUGUUUAAAUUGCCAUGCACUGUGGCGCCCCCAGUAAUAAACAACUCAACAAACUGGUCAAGUCCCCCCCCCCCUGAAAACAACCUGAAUGAUGUUCCCCUGAAAACAACCUGAAUGAUGUUCCUGCCCAUGCUUUCUGGUUAAGUUAACUUCUCCUUUAGCCUGUUUAUUUAGCAUGUUUGCAAUGCUGGAGCAGAACAUAUGCCUGAUUUUUUUUUUUUUUGAUCAAGCUCGGCUGCUGUUAAAAAGCACUUGCAAUCAAGGUUCCGCUUCAUGUGGAUAUCACACACUUACAUUUUUUAACCUUCAGGUUUCUUGAAAAAUAAUCUAGUUUUGUGUGGCUUACUUUCAGCUUAUCUCUUUUAUUGGUCCACUGUUCAAGCUAGCUGUUAACUGCAUAAAGGAUUUUUUUUUAAAUACCUGCUUUCAGUAUAUAGUCUUUUUAUUGCUAAAAAAAACUCAGCUAACCAAUCAUUUAGUCAAUAAUCUAUAUGAAAACUACCACUGCCUGUAAAUAAUAAUAAUUAUAACUAGGUCUCUAAUUUACAUUUUAAAUAAGGUCUGUCCUACUACUGGCUUAUACUUAAAGCCUAAUAGGAGUAUUAGUAUCAGUAAAGAGCUAUAGCCUAUAAUUAAACUAUUAAGUUAGAAGCAAAGAGGAAGUGACAUAAAUAAUACACAUUUGAUAAAAUGAUUGUGUUAAGAUCUAGAACUGGAACAAGUUAAUAUAAUAUUAGUAGAAUUACUAAUACUAAUAGCAUUACUACAUUAUUAACCUAUUAAUUAUUAAACUAUAAACAAAGUAGCGUUUUUUCCUAACAAUCAAAAUCAAUCAUUCUUUUAUCAUUUACACAUAAAUUGAUUGAUUAGCAAAUUUUUAAAUAUGUAAAAAUAUUGUAUGUACUGUACAGGUAAGCUCUCUCUUAUUAAGGAUAAUUUUUAAACAUUAAAAGUGUGUCUUUGUUUGACUCAAAUUACCAGGGGUAACAUGUUAAGUUCAUUCGUUAAUCUUCGGUCCUUUCAAAGUAUUAGCAACAAUUUUUCUGGGGAAAUAAAAUUGAUCUGACUUGUAGUUGUGAGAACAGAAAAUAACUGGGAAAAAUACAUGCAACCUUUUUUUUUUUUUUUUGCAAAAUUUCUACGGCAUCCAUAAAACAAGCCCCAACUAAUUCUUAUUGAUAUUUUUCUAUUUCAAGAUCUGCAAACGGAUAUUUGCUGUUCUCUUGUUACCAGUUUUUACAUCACUGCAGAUUGUCAUGUCUGAAGUCUGCUCAAGUUCUAUCCGCCCUAAAUACAGAGAAAUGAUCGCUGCUGCUAUUAAAGUUUACAAGAAACGGACUGGCUCAUCACGCCAGGAAAUUCUCAAAUACAUCACUUCCUACUACAAUCUUGGUGAGAAUCACACAGCUGUCAACCACCAGCUAAAGCUUGCUCUAAAAGCUUGUGUUCAUGAUGGAAAUCUCAUACAGACUAAGGGUUCAGGGGCAAAUGGGUCCUUUCGUCUCGUUAAGACAUCAAAACAAAUAAACAAGGCGAAGAUAGUUCAAGCAACAAAGCCAACUGGUGCUAAGAAAUCACCAGUGAUGUCCCAGACUUUGAGUGUUCCUCAAAAUAUGUUACCACAGCAGAUCGCACCAGUGGCCCUUUAUGUUGUUAAAUCACAAAAUAUUAUUUCCAAAGCAGCAGAUUUUAAAUGUGUCAAUUUACAAAAUAAUGCUCCACCACAUGCCCCCAUCCAAAGGGUACAUUUUCCAGACAAUAGCGCCGUACAUAACGUUUCCUCCGAACAUUUCUAUUCACCGAAGUCUCUUACGUUGCAAGACACAUUACAAAACAUAAAACCACCAAUCAAUGGAAAUGCAGCGGUUUCUAAAAAAAAAUUCCAUUUGUGGACAAAAGACCUUUCUGACGAGAAUGAGAAACUUAAAUUACUUAAAAUGCGGAUUUUAAAAAAUUUCAAAGAAAACCCUAUUCCUGUCAUCACGUGUACACAUCCAAUAGUUCCAGAACUCACAAGUUUAUAUAGAAAUUGUAAGCUGUGCUACAUAAGAGGUAUGCAGAAAAAAAGUAUGGUCAAAUGCUAUGUUUGUAAUACUUUCCUAUGCUUAAAUGGAAAUAGAAACUGUCUCCUGGAGUUUCACAAGAGGGAUGAUGAUGAUGGUGGUGGUAGUGAUGGUGAUGAUGAUGGUGAUGAUGAUGGUGGUGGUGGUGAUGGUGGUGAUGGUGAUGAACAUUAAACGAUGCUUG